AUGGAUCAGGUACUUUGGCUCUUCACACUUGGAUAUUUGUUCCAAUCUCUUGCAAAUGGGAUUCUUAUCUACACCAUAUCAAAGCAAAAAUCAAUUUAUGGGCUAUCUGUUGACAGUCAAUGGCUUUUCCUCUUUGCGACAUUAGCAAGAUGUAUAUGGAUCUUCGAUACGAGAUUAACUUCAUUACCCUUACUCCCCCCCUCCGUGAGUGAACAAAAAAAUUUUGUUCACUCACGGAGGGGGGUUAAUUUUUUUUUUUCGAAAUUUAAAAAAAUCCUAAUUUGCAAAAAUUGGAAAGCAAAUAUUAAUUUAAUUUAUAAAAUUUAUGUUUUAAAAAGCAAUUUUGUUUAAAAUUAAACAGAAUUAGCUCUAGAUUUCAUUAUAUAAUUAUUAUUUAUAUAUCAAAUUUUUUUUCCAUAAAAAAUUAUUCUAUUUAAAAAAUUUUUGUUCACUCAUGGAGGGUGGGUUUUUGGGGCAAAAAAUAGCGAUUUUUCUAAUGGUUUUGUUCACUCACGGAGGGGGGGAGUUAGCAUCAUUUGAAUUAGUAAUAAACGUGCUGCUAGGAGUAAUCUGCUGUUAUCUCUCUACCAAAUACAGUCACACCUCAAUAUUCCAAACUCCAAAAUACUUAUCAGCAUACGCAAUAACAGGAGCCUGCGCAGUUCUCUGUUUCCUAUUCCAUCCAGGCGAAAAAAACCAAUACUUUUUAACAGUUCAAAUGCUUGUGAGCUUCACAAUGUUUAUGGAAUGUGCAGGACUAUUGCCCCAAUUUGUCAUGAUGAGAAAAUCUAAAGAAGUCGAAAUAAAAACAGGGCACUAUUUAAUGUGCCUAGCAGUAGCAAGGGUGUUCAGGCUUAUUUUUUGGGUUCAGCUCUAUAUGGACGGCUAUACAUUUGGGUAUUUAAUUAUUGCUGACUUAAUUCACACAAUCUUGCUAUCUGAUUUCGCGAUAUUUUAUAUCAAAAGCAUGAGGUCAGGGAAAUCGAUUUUAUUACCUAGUUAA